AUGUCACUGACCGGCCCAGCAAAGGCUGUCUCCGGCAAAGGAUGGUCUGGAAAUAUUUCAUUAUCUGAUCGCGACAGAAACGCUUUCGCUGAUGGCCGAAAGCGAUCGCACACCACGCAUGCUUGUCGGGAGUACAGACGCAAGCGCGCUAAACUGGCUCUGGCGCUUUCUAAUGCUGCUGUAAAACGCUUGCACCAUGGCUGGUGGCUGCGCGUCAAGAUUGGGCUUUUCGAGCGCGGAACGGCUAAUGUGGGCAGUGUAACGGUGCACAGCCUUGUGCGAAACGGGCGGAGGAGUAGGAAGGUAGAAAUCAAGGGACUAUGCCAUCGAAUAGCCGAGCUUCAAGCCGCAUGUGAUAUUUAUGAAUCUGGUCACAAUGCACAAGAUACAGGAGUUCUGAGUGCUAAAAGUGCGGGCAGUCCUGGUGACUUGUUGCCAGCCAAAGGUGUAGCAACAACAUCGUCGGCACACCCUCUAUUAUUACCGGCGGAGCAGAUAUCCCAGAUCCAGACGGACCUCAACGCAAGAUUGGUUCAAGACAGCCAACCUGACGACCAGAAUUACAGAGUUCCGGAGACCUACACGACUUUUCAUCUACCUCCUCAGGAUGUGGUAAAGAAUGGUGCAAAGUUCUUUUUUGAUGUGAUUGAAGGCUUAUGCUACGUCAUUACUCCCGACGAAUUUGACGUUAUAUGUGACAAAGUGUAUGUCGCUCACAACAGCGAUAUGAUUGAUGUUACCGAACUGUGCGCAAUUUCUGCAUUGGGCUCUCAAUAUCUGGAUAGGGUUGAUCGAGUGCCGAACGCAUUCAAGGAUGCUUUGUUAAGAACUUGCGUUGGGCAUAUAAAUAACGUCAUCGAGAGUAGUACUAUCAGAGGGAUUCGAAUACUGGUAUGCAUAUGCAUGUACGGUAUCAUAGAGAAAAGACGUACUACACGCAUUGUCGUCGAGCACGCACUGAAGUUGUGUCGUUGGGGGGUUGAAGACCCUCAUAGCAAUGGCUUCAGUAAUGUCUCAUCGAUUCGGAUCAAGCUAUAUCGAAGCAUCAUAUUCCUAGAGUGUUGGCUUGCGACUUCUCUCGGCUAUCAACCUGCUCUGACUGAGGCGGAAGUCAGCUCCGUAAUGACCAACGUUUAUCGUAAAGCAGAGCAAAACUUGAACAAUAGCAGUCAAGUAAAGGUGACUGAAGUGGGGCUCCUCAAGCUCAGAGUUCUCCAAGAAGUUUACCGACCCCAAGCACCUACUGCUGACGAAAUUGAAGAACGAAUGAAAGAGCUCGAGGGCUGGCAUUCGACCCUUCCUCCCUUCAUGACGCUAUCAAAUCUCAUGGCUGGGAAGUGCGAACCUCUGACCGCAUGUGAGAGCGGUGCGCUCAUGCUCGCCCACGCGAUGUACCUUGGUUCGGUCAUCUUACUACAUCACCGCAUCUUAGGGGACGCUGUUCAUGCGAAGGUCAUCAAUAGUCCACUGCCAUGGGAGCGAUCUUCUGAGCGCGCACACAGCCACAUCACUCGUUGUAUUGACGGUGCACGAUGCAUCGCUCGGAUUUUUGAUCUGCUGGGCUUCGGAGGCGGCACUUCGCCGUUGCACUUGCGGUGCUGGCUAUCUGUCUUUGAGAUCUUCAUGGCGACGACUAUACUUCUCUGUGACGUAGCUGUGAAGUGUCUGACCAGCUCAGACGACACGACAACCACAGAAGAUCUCAAGAGAGCAUCAAGGUGUUUGCAAAUGUUAAGAGCUAGUGCUGAAGUUGAUGCUGUCAGCAGGAAACUGCACGAGACACUGCAUGCCCUCUACGAGAGGCUGUCUUUAUUGAGAGUCUCAAGCCACUCCUCUUCGACAACGGCUACGGGGUGGAAAUUCAAUAAUAACCCUACCACAACACCGAUGGCACCUGACAAGAAAGAUUCGGCAAAACAAUUGACUAGAGAUGUUGCCAGCGUCCUCAGAAACCCGUUCGGUCAUGGUACAAAACCGGGUCCGAACAUGUUGUCAAGAACAUGUGGCGUGGAGGAUCCGGACUGGUGGGAGUUGAGGACCGCCACUUUUGAAGCAGCGCAGACAGAGACCAGGCCAAUUAGUAGGUAG